AGGUCCUUCGCCGCAGCUCUUCAUUCCUGCCACAUCACCGUCUGAGCCCCUUGCCGCUUCAGUCGAUCUCUCUACGCCACUCUUACCGACGAUGUUCAUCGCAUUCCUUGCCCUCGCGAUCAGCCUGAAUCUUGUGUGGCCCGCCCAGGCCGAUCACUACACCUGCCAUUGGCGACCGGGAAACGAGUCUCCAAAAAAGUACGGCUACAAGCAUUACUGCAACGCAGAGCAAAACAUUGUCGAUCCUGUCAAGUCGACCCUUCAAUGGAGCUGUACCAGCAAGUACAAUCGCACUGUGAGCCCGGCCAAUUGGAAUAUGGUCGGACACCUGGCCCUCGAGUUCGCCACGCCCUGCGGAGAAGGAGGAUGGUUCCUCGACACAUAUGGAAUAUGUCCCGGCGAUUACUUUGCAAUGUGUCUCAAGCCGGCGCAGGAUUGCUACUAUCUUCACGAUGAAGAUGACUGUCAGUGGCCCGACUUGUACAACGUGAACGAGCUGCCCAAGACGCUGGACAUUUGGUACUGGUCGGAUGAGAUCUAACCGACCGACCGAGUCGUGAGCCAUGCAGUAGAUCCUGUUCCUUCCGCGGGCUUAAGCAAUCGAUGAAGGCA